AUGUUUGCUGCGUCUUCAGAGCAAGAUCUUUAUGAGGUUUUAGGAGCCAGUGCAACAGAAUCCACUGAGGAGCUAAGACACCGAUAUCAACAACUGGUCCUGAAGUGCCACCCUGAUCGUCUCAGUGGACAUGGUUCAUGUGAAGAGGAGGUGGCGCUGAAGAGGUUUCUGGAAGUUGAUGCCGCCUGGAAGAUUUUGAGCGAUGAAAACAAAAGAAAAGAUUAUGACCUACAAAGAAGAGCACGUGACCUGAAACAGGACUGGCCGGUGGAUUCAACAGUUUUCCUGGAGGACAUGGCGUGGAACUCUGAAGAGCGCUCGUACACACACUGCUGCCGCUGUGGAGGGGCGUUCGUCCUGGACGAGGAGGAGGUGCAGGAGGAGGAGGUGCAGAACCAGGACGGAGCGGGACGGAGCAGAGGAGUGAUCGUGUGCUGUGAUACUUGCUCUUUAAGUGUCUGUGUCACAUGGACUCACCGACCUCAGAGCUGA